AUGGAGAUCACAUUUCUAGGCGAAUACUUGCCAUUUAGUGAACAGGAAGGAGCGAAGGAGCCAGCAAAAUCAUCAACUACACAGCUUAACGUUCCUGGUGAUAAAAUCCAGAGUUCUGAGAAACCACAUGGUAGAUAUAUUUUACCUCGCUACAGCCUACACCCCCCCACACUCGAUGGUAUUAUCAACGAUACAGAGCCUAAAAGCAAGAAAGAGCGAGCCCCAAGCAAUAUUAGAAGCAAAAGUCCACGAGGAUAUGAUGUUGAAGUCGUGAUCAAAGGAUCCAAGGUCAUAUGGACUCAGGGUGGUGUUCUCCGCAAAAUGUUGGAUUUUAGCUCUGAGAAUGAAAUAAUUCAGCAAACAUUGUUUGCUUGGCUUAUUGUCAAUAAUCCAUCCCAAAAAAUCGUCGAUCGUGAGAGGGAUCGAGACAAAGAGCGUGAGGACGUGGAUGACAUACAACAAUUGCAUUCAAACGUGAAUCCAGGAGCGGACCGCCAAGGUAGGCAGCAAGCUCUUGUAAUCAUCCUCAAAGAUACUGCAAGGAUUUACUUCCCAAGCGGCGAAUCAUUUUCUGUUCAUUUACCACUGGGUGUACAUAAAGUAUGGGCAAUGGACUUAGGGUUGUUAUUGGAACGCAAAUCAGAGCCUGGUGAAGAAGUGGCUGGAAGCAUGGAGGGUACGGGCUUACCACGAUUCUACAUGCUAAUGGAUCCAUUCAAUGAGCUCCAGAUCGUUACCCUUUACCAGUUGCCAAAACCUGUGCUACCUACAAAAAGUACUUUUAUGGAGACUGGUCCUCGAAUAAGACAUCUUGGUGGAGUUGUAGGUGAUAUCUUUAAUACUUGUGUGUUUAUGUCAGAAAUGGAUGCCUCGGAUCGGACGGUUGUAACAUUUGAUUUGUUGUUGGGGCGACAUCGAGUGUGGCGGUAUGCAUCUAGCAUGCCCACGGCGUUGCCAUUCACAAAAACACAAUCUCAAGCUGGACCUGUUGACAGCAUUGCGGUGGAUGGUGAUAACCAUACAGACCUGCAAAUGAGGACGGACACAUAUUUAUUUGAGAUCGAGAGCGAUAUCCAGGGGUGGUCACGUGAAUCAACCAUAUUUGGAGCCCAUUAUUUCGACGGCUCAACAGUGAUCGGCGUGCUGGACCAUCAAACCGAGAAGCUGUCUUGCUAUCAAAUCAUUGCGGACCAAAUUACUGUUCAAUUAUGGACAAGGCCAGCUCUAUCCGCAGUGGCUGUUGAAGCUACAAGGAAGCAUUUGCGCGACAUUUUGAUGCUUUCUCGCGAUGGAACGCUUCAGCUCUGGACAGGGCUCGCUGCGGAAGUUAUCCCGUGCGAUUUCAACCUGAUACAGGAUCCCUUGAAAUGCAGGAAGGAUGGUUUAUGGGCCUCAGAGACCGAAACUAGUGCUUCCGGGAACGCAGGCCUGCAGAUUGUGGAAAUUAAAGAUGCUGUCGAAAAUAGAGUGAGCCUCGUUCUUAGUGAUGGUAAAAUCCUGCGAGUAUGCCUCGAUUUUACUGUUCGAUCAAGUUUAGUGCAGGAGUGCUUAGAUGCCCUAAGCUACGCUUUACCGGUUGAGAUACUCUGGGACUUCAGGCAUCGUUUCCUGCGUUUGCAUUUCGACAAGAACUCCAAAGAUUCUAAUAUGGAUGAAUGGAGCAAUUUUACGACCACGUUGCUUUCGUAUUGUGACCCCAGCUUUUCUCAACCGGUCAUGUCAUCUCCAAAAAUUCAAAGCCGCCAGCUCGCAGGCGUACCCAAGAAAUCUUUUCUCGUUGAGGAUCCUGACUGGAAAUUCUUUUUGGAGUCUGAUAUGCAUCGACUUUUGAAUAAACACCCUUCAUUCCGAUACGAGCGACAAAAACUAUCCACUCCAACAAAGAAUAUUUAUACAGAAAUGGUCGUGGAGGCCCAGAAGCUGGCUACGACUCAUUUCCGAGGGCCAGCAACAAGGGGGUCACUACGUUUAGACACAUUCUACAAGUACAUACUUGUGGCAUUGCACCUUGUCUAUGAGGACCGAAACAUUAACUUAGCAACCUGCAACGAAGGAGACAUGGGGCCACUAUUGAUGUUGAUGUCUCAUGUUGUUCGUUGGAGCACUUGGACAGAUGCAUAUGCUAGGCGUAUCUUUGAAAGCGAUAAGAUAAUUGAGUUACCAGAGGUGUAUAUGGAAUUCGAUCCAUUACCAUUGGAUUUGUAUAAAUACGAGCCGCCUGAUAUCUUUCGAUGGAUUUCGGACAUGGUUACGCGACCUCACGAGACGAAACCCUUUCCAACACUAGCCUCCCUUUCAACGCUUCGGGACCCAGAGCAAUCACUUUUCCCGGCCCUUGACUCCACCCCCUGUGAUCAGCUUCGAAAAAUAAGCCUGUUUUUCACUUCUUUGAUGAGCGGUGACGACGGAGACCAAGCAGCUGUGAGGGCUAUUGUAAGCGAGUCAUUCACCAAUAUACAGCUGGAUCAACUACCCUUCGGUGUAUCAGUGCCCUUGAGGGAGGCACUUUGGAAGUGUCGAAGGAAUCCAUCUCCAGACUUGUCCUCGGAUGCCCUCUCAUUCAUCGGUAGGAACGAUUUAGCAGAGCUCGCUUCGAUGAAGAACCCUGGAUACUACAUGAAACCGCCUAUCAAGGAUAGAAGUGAGCAAGGCAAGAGACAAGACAUUCAUACUUUGUGCGAGAAUAAACGUCAUCAAAAUGGUGAAGGCGAGCUUGAGACUACUGGGACAGAAAUUACCAACUCAGACAUCACAAACUUACGGUUCGGAGCUGACAUGCGUAUAGCAGAAGUGCAAAAGAUGCUUCGUUCGUCUAUUGUCUCCAAAGUGAAGUCAGAGGAGAUGCCUGAGCUUACUGAAGAAGACGACCUUCGUGCUGCGCAUCAGGCACUUCUUUGUAAAAUGGCUUUUCGGACAUUAGCCCUCCCUGUAGGACGCGGUAUCUUCACGUUUGGGACCGCAACACCAAUUUUGAAUCAAAAAUGUCCGAUUCCGCCGAUCAACCUGUCUGCGAAAGUCUUGCCAACCUUUGGUGUGAUGGAUCUGGAGGUGGCAUCGCUUGGAGGUGAACAUGCGCUGAUAUGGCCUAGUUUUCAUAACGGCGUUGCCGCAGGUCUUCGGAUUUCUCCUAACAGUAAGGAUGUUAAUUCGUCGUGGAUUACCUAUAACAGACCUGAAAACUUGGACAGUAGUCAUGCAGGCUUCUUAUUUGCACUUGGAUUGACUGGGCAUUUACGGACAUUAGCCAGGCCGCAUGUCUGGAGGUAUCUCUCCUUCAAGCACGAGAUGACCUCAACGGGUCUUCUUCUAGGACUAGCAUGCGCCCAUAGAGGCACAAUGAACACUGCGAUCACAAGGGUACUUUCAGUUCACAUGCCAGCACUCCUUCCACAGCAUGGAUCAGAGCUUAAUUUAUCACCAUUAACACAGGUUGCUUGCGUCCUGGGCAUUGGCCUUAUUUAUAUGGAAACCUCCCAUCGGCGCAUGACUGAAGUCAUGCUAUCAGAGAUUGGGUCGAUCACGAGGAAUUAUACAGAUUCUAUAAAUAAUCUUCAGGAGUGUCAUUCCGUCGCCGCAGGUUUCGGGCUUGGGUUCAUUACUUUAGGACAAGGCAACAAGUCGAUGGGUUUACGAGAUAUGAGGAUAGUUGAUGUCUUGGUCAGCUAUAUGCCUGGAAGUGUGGACAAAAACCAUGAAAGCAGAGACCAUGGACCCUAUGCAGCAGACUACGGAUGGAGCCAGCGACAGCCUGGUAUUGAGGUGACUAGCGCUGGAGCCACAGUUGCACUGGGGCUGAUGUAUCUCAAAACUAAUAGCAAGUCCAUUGCAUCCAAGCUUGAUGUCCCUGAGACUCCUUUUUUACUUGAUUACGUUUCACCGGAUGCCCUUAUAUUGCGAGUCAUUUGCAAAGCGAUUGUACUUUGGGAUGGCAUCAUUCCAACCAAAGAGUGGGUCCUUUCUCAAGUUCCAGGCUACCUUAAGGAUAUACACACCGGCGGGCCACCGACAACUGAGUCUGGACCACAGUCGUACUACAGUAUUAUAGUUGGGGCGUGCUUUGCUAUGGGUCUUCGCUUUGCUGGAAGCGGCAAUGAGGCGGCAUAUGAAUGUAUCCUUAAGCAUUUGGAUAUGUUUAUUACUUUGGGACGCGGCAGUGGUAAUGGUUCAUACGAAGACAGCAUAACUAGAUCCGUGAUUCGCACGUGCCUGGAUGUGACCACACUUGCAGCCGCAGUGGUCGUGGCAGGCUCAGGUAGAAUUGACCUGCUUCGCAGAUUACGCAAGCUGGUGCGUCGAAGGAAAAGCGAAGCUGUCUAUGGCAGCCACCUUGCGUAUCACAUGGCGUUAGGGCUUUUGUUCUUGGGAGGGGGAGGAUACACACUGGGAACAAGCAAUCGAUGCGUUGCAGCAUUAUUGUGCAGCCUCUACCCGCGGCUCCCCAAUGAUCCAUCCGACAAUAGGUCACAUUUGCAGGCGUUCCGGCACCUCUGGGUCUUAGCAGUAGAACCAAGGUGUCUUGUCACUAGAGAUGCCAUAACUGGAGCCUGCUGCCCAGUUCCUGUGCGAAUACAUCUAAAACCAGCAUAUUAUCAAUCACAAAUUCAAAUGGUUAUCAGACCUCAUCCAGCCAGUUAUACCAAUGACACUAGCGAAGGCGGUGAUUUACAGUAUGCUCGGUACACGGGACUGAACCCAAGUUCUUCUCAGGACAAAGCAGCGACAUAUUUCUCAAACUCUAGAUUGGACAUGAUGACUCCUUGCUUGCUUCCAGAAUUAAACACUAUUUCGAAAAUCGAGAUCAUGGAGCCGCGUUACUGGGGUAUUACGAUUGAUUUAAGUAGGGAAAAUGAGGAAUAUUCUAGGAUAUGGAAAAUCCUCAAGUCUGGGUCAAUAUCAGUAAUAAGACACAUUGGCCAUCUAAGUUACACGGAGGACGCCUUGGGUAUGCGCGGUAUCCAAGCACGACCAUUCCCCAAGGUCCUGACGAGCUGGAAUGUGGAUGAUACAGUGGGGAACAGCGGACCCAGGAAGCGGAAGCAAGAGAAAUUCCGAUGGCUGCAGGAGAAACGACACAAGUUGAGCUUGGGGCUGGAUUCCAGUUACUUUAAUGGCAGACAACAAAACAGCCCAGGCAAUGAAGUGGCGGACCAAAGUUCUGCAUCGUACGGUGAAGACUUUUGUCUGACCUUUCUGCAAGAUCCACAAGUCGCGGCAUUUGCUGAUCACCUCUGCAGAGCUCCAAGAGGUGGCCACGCGACAGAUGAAGUACGAGCGGCAUAUUUUACCAGCGUCCUAUGUGAGUGUUUGACGAUGGAUAAAGUAGAGACCAUGUGCGUGCAUGUGUGGCUGUAUGACAUAGGUAGCCGCCUGGACAGUCUCGGUGAGCUCUCUUGGAGAACAUUAUGGGAACUUCGAAUUUUGGCAAACUACUACGACACCCAGCUUAAGCGACGCCUCGAGCAGCAUCUUAUCAACGAGCGGGAUCGUACUGAGCUUCAUGAAGAGAGUGGGCGUAGGGGACGAGCCAACGCACGUCAGUCGAUUGCAGCAGAAACGGCCUUGUCGUUUAAUCUGGUGGCUCAGAUGCUAGAAGAUGACGGAAGCAACACAUUGAUCAAGAUUAGUCGUAUUUCUCAACUUGUUUCCAAGAUCACUAAGCGUGUAGAGCAAGCCAUGAAUGGGCAGGUACAGCUUGGUGAGCAUGAUUGGAGCGCGGAUACGGUCGCACGAUAUUAUUUCACAAAUGGCUCGUUCCCUUCUAAUAGCAAGAAGCAGCAAUCUAUAAAGAGCCAGUGCAAGACCGACUGGUUCAAAGUUUGGCUGGAGCAGAACGAGAUUCCAGGACCGGAUGCGAUCCGUGCAAUCCGCAACGCGCUGGUAAGCACGCAUGAACUGUGGCAGGACUUCUUACCACAGCCAGGCGCACAUACAGAGAGCCGACACGCACAGGCUGGGCGCCGUAUGCUACUGAAGCAGGUCUUUACACAUGCAUACCCAGCAGUGUCGCUUAAAGUGCUUGAGUAUCUUUUGGCAGCAGGUACUGAAUAA